AUGGCUCCUGUUGGCGUGAACCUGAGGGCCGUCAUCCUUUGCCUCCUGACGUGCGCUGGGCUGGUUGCUGGUGACCGGAUAUACAUCCAUCCCUUCCACCUCCUCACCUACAGCAAGAGCAGCUGUGAGCAGCUGGAGAAGUCCGACGAAGUGACGUCCAGAGACCCGACCUUCACACCUGCUCCGAUUCAGGCCAAGACGGCCCCUGCCGAUGAGCAGGCCCUGCGAGACCAACUGGCACUGGUGGCGGAGACGCUUGAGGCCGAAGACCAGUCGAGGGCGGCGAAAGUCGGGAUGCUGGCCAACUUCCUGGGCUUCCGCAUGUAUAAGGCGCUGAGGGAGAUGUCGAGCGUGGCCGACGGGUCUGUCGUCCUGUCCACAACAGCUCUCUUUGGCACCAUUGCCUCUUUCUACCUGGGAGCCUUGGAUCCCACGGCCCGCAGUCUGCAGGCGCUCCUGGGCGUCCCUGUGGAGGACCAGGGCUGCACCUCCCGGCUGGAUGGGCACAAGGUCCUCUCUGCCCUGCGGGCCAUCCAGGGCCUGCUGGUCUCCCAGGGCGGGCCCGCCAGCCAGGCCCAGCUGCAGCUGUCCACGGCAGUGUGCCUGUUCACAGCGCCAGGCCUGCGCCUGAAGCAGCCGUUCGUGCAGAGCCUGGCGCUCUUUGCACCCGUCGUCCUCCCACGCUCCCUGGACUUCUCCACCGACCCAGAUCUUGCUGCUGAGAAGAUCGACAGGUUUGUGCAGGCCGUGACAGGGUGGAAGCUGAGCAGCCCCCUGACCGCAGUCAGCGCAGACAGCACCCUGCUUUUCAACACCUACGUCCACUUCCAAGGAAAGAUGAAGGGCUUCUCCCUGCUGGCCGGGCCCCGGGAGUUCUGGGUGGACAACAGCACCUCAGUGUCCGUCCCCAUGCUCUCGGGCACGGGCCACUUCCAGCACUGGAGCGAUGCCCAGAACAACUUCUCGGUGACCCGAGUCCCCCUCGGUGACAGUGCCUGCCUGCUGCUGAUCCAACCCCUCCACACCUCCGACCUGGACCAGGUGGAGGCCCUCACCUUCCGGCAUGACUCCUCCGCCUGGAUCAAGAGCCCACCUCCCCGGGCCGUCCACUUGACCAUGCCCCAGUUGGGGCUGCAAGCAUCCUAUGACCUGCAGGACCUGCUCACCCAGGCCCAGCUGCCCACCCUGCUGGGUGCCGAGGCGAACCUGGGCAGAAUCGGCGACGCCAAUCCCAGAGUGGGCAAGGUGCUGAACAGCGUUCUUUUUGAACUCGAAGCAGAUGAGGGAGAGCAGCCGGCAGAGUCUGCCCAGAAGCCCGACGGGCCCGAGGUCUUGGAGGUGACCCUGAACAGCCCGUUCCUGUUUGCCCUGCAUGAGAGUGAUGCCGCUUCCCUGCACUUCCUGGGCCGUGUGACCAACCCGCUGAGCGCAGCGUGAGGCCGUGCCCCGCAGGGGGCACCCGCCCGCCCCUGAGGCCACUGCCCUCAGCCUAAGAUAGGCCAGC